ACAGAAAAUUGGAUUGGAAAUACUGAGAGGGUUAAGGAGGAGAGAUCGUAGGAAAACGUGAAUUUAAUUAGGAUCAAACUGACUGCUGAUGUGCCAUUCAACCGGAAAAAGGUGGGAGCCUCCUGGUACAUCAAUAAGCACAAAGAAGAAGGCGCCACGCAUCCACCCAGCAUCAAUCGUUCCAGAUCCUGCAUCGAAACUCUGUCACAAUCAUUAUAGCAUUAGACUAAUAAACAUCACUCAAGCUCUGAGGGGCAUUGUAUACCCCUUACCAUCGUACCAUGGAUAUCAGAUGUCCGUAUACAUAGAUUUAAUGCAUUUCCAAUGCCAAGUGAGCUGUCGGCAUUGUCCGGAUAAGGGUUAGCAGCGUGAACGUGUUGCAGAAGUUUCGAGCGGUACAGACAUAAGAAUCAUUGCCUGACAUUUCGAAUAAAAAUGAGACUAUCAAGUUUAAUGUUGUCUUAACCUGCUUCGAGAUAUUAUUAAUUAAUCAUUUUAUUCUCCUACUUCAAAUACAGAAGCGGUUUCAUUCCAAAUGUGUUAAAAUACUGCACUGUUAUUACAUCAAUUGAUUUCGGGUCGCACAUCGUUGGAGAGUCGGAUUCAUGUCACCAUGGAUACGCAUAAUGCAAAUAACAUCCACGGUAAAGCAGCGACGGAUGGGCAUAUCAAUGGCGGACUACACCAAUCACGCAAUGGAGUUAGCAAAGCAGAGGUGAGCCAAAGCGCCAAAACUUCUCCAUCGAAAGGAAAAUGCAACAUGGCAAUCGGUGGCGCCAAAUCAACAAAUAACCACCAGAGGUACCUAGUAACUGACCAGCAAAAUGGCAAGAAUGGACUCGCUCCUAACAGUGAAGUCAAAUCGCAAACGGAAGGAAAGAAGACUCAACUUAAACCAAAACCGCAGGCAUCACCGACGAAGAAAACUUCAACAAGAGUGGAUCAGAAAACAGCGCCAGACAAAAAGAGCCCCAAGAAGAAGAAAAAGAAACGUAAAUUUCGGAUAGGACUUGGCGUCCGUCAGCGAGUGGACUACGGAAAGCUAGAUAAAUUCAAUUCUCGUAUAGGAUUGACCACAGGCAUCUUGCAGUUGGUACUGUCUUUAGAAGCUGUUACACUCGGUGCCCUACAAUUCCAUUUUCGCGAGGAGUAUGCUGAUCUCGGGAAUGUACUAUUUGUUUGGCCGUCGAUAGGGUUGUGCAUCCUAAGCGGGAUAUUUGGGACAUGGUCACAUCGUAAAGGAACUUAUGUGGUCUAUAUCUACAUGCUGGUAUCAAUCUUCGCUUGUAUUACAUCCUGUAUGAUGUUUGGUCUGGAGAUCAAUGCAUCCAAAGAACUUCGAAAUAAAUGUUCUCUGUCCAAUGAAAUGUCGACAUCCAAUGACUCCACUGCGGCGAACACGGUGGAUUGCAAUGAUAAUUAUGGUUUGAAUAUGGCAAUUGCAGUUAUCCUAGCCGUCAUCGCACUCAUCCAGAUUCUUAUUUCAUUUGUGGCUGCCGUGGGAAGUUCAAAUGUCAUGUGCAGUAAAGAAAAUCAUGAAAUACUGGUGGAAGAAUGUUUAUCAGAUGAUGACGAUGGCGAACCUCCUCCACCUAAUGCUGGACUUCCGCAGAUCAGAAGAGCCGCUAGGAGAAAAUGAUAUUCAUCACCAUUCGUGAGUGAGGACAAUAAAUGUAUUCCAUCACUACCAGUGCUUUCAAGGUAUCUUAUCGUUGAAAUCGUCAGGCUUUCCGGCAUGGAAUUGCAGUGGGCUUUUUCUUUCACGAAACUUGCGUUUGUAAUCACUGAAUUAAUCAAGGAACGAACAAACAGUUAAUAAUAGAAAUUGAAAGAAAGUGGUUAUCUAAUAAUACUUCUCAGCUUCGUGUGACGACAAAGUCAAUAUCCUGUCGGUGUAACUUAUCAACUUUUAGAAUCGAUAGAAUACUGAAUUCUAAUUAGGGGCUGAUCCAGGUCUUCCCAAAAAGGGGGCAAAAACAUUGUAGCAACAUCUAAAGAAAGUCCUCAAAAAGGAAGGAGACUCUUGCCCCUUGUGCACCCCUGGAUGUGCGCCUGAUUUUUUUAUCGUAAUUCCGAUAUAAAAACUUAAUUGAUUAUACUCAUAGCUUCGGAUGGAAUUAAGUUUUGAACAUCCUUCGCAUCGCAUGCACUAAGAACUGUUAAUACAAGCACAUCAAUGAUGUAUGCAAUUACCAGUUUAAGACCAUCCCCAUCACAAUAAUCACCUUCUGUUUUUUUUUGUAUUACUAACCACGAACAUGUAUAUGAUUAGUAACGAGAGAAAGACUUUAAUGAUCAUAUAGCCCUACGCUCUAUCCUUCACCCCCAUCCAUGCAUGAGGAUCCGAAAUCUUUGAUACUCGAACAUCGAUUUGAUUUUUUUUUUUUUGCCGAUUUGAAUAUUGAUUUAACCAUGGAGUUUCAAACCUUUAAAUACAUAGCAACAUCUACGGAGAAGUGAACAAUUGUCCACGGGCGUACUCGCCACAAACUUUUUGCUUUUAGGGAAUUGCGCCUUUCUUAUAUAGCCUAAACAUGCGUUGUAUAUAUUUGUAAUGACGAAUUGAUUUUGUAUGAAUUUGUUUUCAAAAAAUAAUUGAAGAAGAAUGUCUACAUGGAAAAACUGACUAACAUGGAAACAUGGACUUGAAUUGCAAAAUAAUUGUUACCCCAACCAACCAUUCGCCUUUCCCCCAUCUCUUGAAUAUUAAAGCAAUACGCCAUAGCCAUUCGAAACGGCACCUGGGUGGUGUUUCAUGAAAGUUGUCAGCACUGACUAAAUUGUCAGUGCUGACAGCUUUUGUGAAAUCCUUGGUUUUGAUUGGCUGAGAGGCACUAGCCUCUGACUGUUACUAUGGUAACUGUCGGAGAAAGACAAUUUGUCAGUGCUGACAAUUUUCAUGAAACGGUCCCCCGUAUUCUGAAUCCAUACCGAGGAUGGAACAUUUUUUUUUUUAAUGUAAAUGUGUCAAUCAGAAUAAGGGGGGGGGACGACCGCACACAGACAUGAAUUAUCCGUGUAUGUAUCACAAAAUAAUUUCUUUAGUCGGUCAUAUUUUUUGAUGUAGUAUGUGGUAAUAAUCUGUAUAAACUAACCGGCGUGCCUAAUACAACAUCAACUACAACUACGUUCCUCUGAAACUUCGCUUUUGCUUUCCCUUGAUUUUGAAAGCGAAUGUUUUAAGCUUUCUAGAUAUCUAAUACUAAAUUAAAGAAGCUAUUUACCUUAACUAAUGCAGAUUAAUAUAUAUUUCAACGAUUCUAUACCAUCGUUUGUAACUAAAAUACAAACUGAGUCAGUGAGCAUGUUUUAAUGAUUAACAAAUAUUUGAAUACUUACACGUGUUUGUAAAAUUUAUAUUUUACAGAAUGCUUUUUCAUGAAAUGCUUCAAUCCAUAUAGAUUUUGAUUUUGAUAAUAAAUUAUUAUUUAUUCAUCCAUCCAUUUUGUCAAAUAGAAACCCUUCAUGCCCGUCAUCACACCCGAUCAUAUUGAAUGGGCCUUACACUUUACCAUGAUUUCACCUUACUACGCCUGUAUGGACUAUGUUUGUAGACUUUACCAACAAUUAUUGUAGAACGAGACAGACACAGAGAGGCAUAUAGCGACGUAGAGAGCCAAAGAUAGAGCGAAUGUGACAUUGUUCCUUAUAUUUGUUUACUUGAUUGAUUGAUCGCCUGCUUGCUUGAUUUGUUGUUUUUUUCUUUCUUUGUUUGUGUUAUAAUUACAGGUGUGUGUGUGUCUGUUAGCGUUUCUGAAACGAUUUCUUAUGAGGUGUUGGAAGGAAGCCGAAUGGUAAUUGAUUGCAAAUCAACGUCAAAUUUGCAACUGAUUCCGAACGACUGCAAGUAGCAAUCAAUCGCCAAUUUGCGUUGUAUAGAAUCAGGCUUGAGACCCAGCAUGCCCAGGGGACACUUCCAUUGAUAUGUCAUAUGUGGAUAUCAUGCAUGUCCAAGAAAGGGCGUAUGGUAUCGAAGCGCUAGCCGACCUUUUUUGUUUGUAGUUGCUUUAUUCUUUGAUAUUCUGGUCUGAAAAAAAAAAAACGAAAUAUUUAAAGAAACUAUCUGGUAUUUUGGUCUUCGAUCCAUUUCACGAGGAAGAGGUGUAAAGGUUCAAAUGUAAAAACUGGUUUAAAUCAUAUGAAAAACAGAUAUUUAUACGCAUGUUAGAAUUGUUGCCUGUCAACACUUUCCUAUUUUCAUAAAUAAUCAUAAGCUUAGUUAGUGUCAGGUUUCUAACCUAACAAUGUGUUUUACUUGCGUAAUCGUCUGCGUAUGAUUAUCAAAGAAUGGUUUUAACUAAAGAUUGGAAAUGAGGCAAUAUGUGGGCCUACAUUAUGUGUACAGGUAUAUGGGUGUGUGUGUGGAUGAGUGGGUGUUAGGGUGAGUGUGAGGGUACGCACGCGCGUGUAUUAAUGAAAGUGGUCAACUUCAUUUCAUCUUUUGAUGAUAAUAAUUAACAGUUCUUUUAAAGGAAAAACAAGAUAGGUAAAAAUGAAAGUAAAUUGGUUUGAGUGCGAUUUAAUUGAUUGAUAGGUCUUCGACUAUAAUUAUAUCCGAAUAUAUCCUUCAAAAAGUUUCGAAUCAAUACUUGAGCAAAAAGCAUGUCAUUAAUAAUAAUUAAAAAAAAGAGAGACUGAACCUUUUUACACAAUCAUAGUGAUACCGUUAACAAAAUCAUGUCGAUGUCAACUGUCCUUUUCUGACUCCAAAGAUUACUAAGCCUUAGAAUGGAGUCCUUACAAAGAAGAAAAUUAUCUUGCACUAAAGGCUACUGAAGUCCACCC